AUGGCAGCAGUCAGGCAUCUACAGAUCGAAUACGGUUUCCCAAGUCCACUCUUUGCAAAGAUGCCCAGACUGGAACGAAUCAUUAAAGGUCUGCGCAGGAUCAGAGGGCAGCAAGGUAAGGCCCUUCAGAAGAGGAUAAUCGUCCCAGCUAUUUUGAGGCAAAUGAGAGCCUAUUGGGUGGGGAUUGGCUCUGAUUACAAGUGCACAAUGUUAUGGGCUACUGUAGUUACUUGCUUUUUUGGCUUUAUGCUGGCAGGGGAGCUUGUGGUUUCCCACGCCCAAGACUUUGAGCCAAAAAAGCACUUAACAUUUGACAGUGUGGCCGCGGACAGUUGGGCGGAACCAACCCUCAUUCAAGUCAGUUUGCGUACAUCUAAGACUGACCCAUAUGGAAGAGGAAUUAAUGUGGUAGUGGGGAGAACAGGGGAUGACCUUUGCCCGGUCCAGGCAAUGUUUAACUAUCUUAGAAUGAGAGGGAAUGGGGAAGGAGCACUGUUCAAGCACGAGGACGGAUCACCUUUUACCAAACCACAGCUUGUGAUGGAAGUUAGGAAGGCACUGGAGUCUUCAGGUUACUGCAAGGCAGAAUACUCAGGCAAUAGUUUUAGGGCAGGAGCAGCCACAACAGCAGCUGAACUAAAAAUUGAAGAUUCAAUUAUCAAGACCUUGGGCCGGUGGGAGAGUACUGCAUACCUGCUGUAUAUAAGGAUUCCGAGGGAACAGCUCGUGGAAGUCUCCAGGGAUCUUGCCCAGUUAGGGAAGAGUGGCGGGUUAGGGGCCAGAUUAUGA